CAAACAAUAGAAUCCCUCAUAGAAUGUAAUUGUAAUGGUUUUAAUGGAAACUGCAAUGGUCCCUGUGGGUUUUUACUAGUAAUUUGUUGCCUACUAUUGGUGGCAUGUUAUGUCUAGUGGAUACCAUUAAGGACCAAUAAUGGUAAUGGUAAUGGCUUUACUGGUUUGAUGGCUUGUAAUGGUAUUAGUAGUGGAAACCAUUAGAAUUUCUUUGAUGGUUUCUAUAGAUUUUUUUCCAGCAGGGUAAUCUCUAUAUUAUUAGAUUUAGAUUAUGCAGAUCAUCCAUCAUACACGUCUCUAUGAACAAGUUGCUAAUGAUAUCAUAUUAGAAUAAUCAUUUAAAUUACAGACAGCACUAUUGUCAGAGAUGAUGUUAUGGAAAAUUAAUCACCAUCUGGCCAAUCAGAUUCAAGAAAUCAACAGCGCUGUGGUAUGAAAUAGCCAUCAAUGCACAGAUUAUUAUGAAAAGAAACCAGUGAUGUUUAAUACGCUCUGGCAUCACCUUUUUUGCUGCUUCAAUUGUCAAAAGACAUUGUGCUAAUCAACACUGUUAAAUUGCUGUUCAGAUGCCUGUCUAUCCUAGGGGUAGGUAAUUAAGAAUUUGUAGGAAAAUGAUGGAAAGCAAGCUUGACAGUGCCAAAUCGCUCUCUGUGGUAUGUUUCCAAUACGCAUACAGUAAAUUCACAGCAGGAUCUUAUUCUUCAUAGAAAAAAAAGUCACUAUAAUUCUUGAAGCACUUUGUAAUAUUACAGUUAUCAUGAACAAUAUAGAACUUAAUCAAGCACUCCUGUCUUCUGCUUAGAACUGAUAGUGCUUUCAUAAAGCUACUCCCUGUACAAAUUUAGGUCAAAAGUGCUGCAACUGUUUGAACUUUAUUUAUUUAUUUAUUUAUUUUUAAUCUUUGUUAUUUUAUUUUGUUAUUUUUGGCAGCAGUGAGGUGCUCACAAAUACAAAUCACACAACCAUCUGCCAUGUAUAAAGCAGAAUCCCCAAUGUUGAAUUAACACCUAUAGUGUUUAUAUAAGUCAGGCUGGACAUAGCUUAACGUUGUACUGCAGCUCCUUCUCACUAUUCCUCCCUCGUGCUGGUGGCAUCUGCUUCUGGGUUACUGCAGGAUUAGAGCUUGACAAGAAGGGCGGAUGAAACACUGACAGCAUGCCGACUUCUCCAGGCCCAGAUGGUCGGUCCAGUCAUUCUGCGGUUCAAAUAUCCACCCACACACCCACACACGCACAUACAAUAGCACAGACACACGUGUAUGCUUUGAAAAUAACACACAGUGGACUUUAUCAGAGUGAAUGUGGUAUUAGUUAGUUGUUCCCACUUGUCCUUUUGAUAGAUUUGUGAAUCACUCACUCCUACUGAGUACCUGAUGGAAAGAAAUAAUGGGACCCAGGAGCUGCUGCUGAUUGAUACGAAUGGAUAGAUGAAAUGAUAUUUCAUUCUAACAGUAGGUUGCGUUAGUAUACUGCUGUAAAAUGGUGUAGUAAGAUCACUGUGAGAAGAGACGUGCUGGGAUGCUUGCGACUGAGAGAAAUGUGGGUUGUUUUCCCUGGCUGUGACUCCUACCCGAGCUGAACCGGUCUCUUGGACUUGCACCUGGGCGACAGGUGGUUUUGCCUGAAUUAUGAAGUACAUCUUGGUCACUGGUGGUGUUAUAUCUGGAAUUGGUAAAGGUAUUAUUGCCAGCAGUGUGGGAACAAUCCUCAAAUCCUGCGGCCUCCAUGUCACCGCCAUCAAGAUCGAUCCUUACAUUAAUAUUGACGCAGGCACAUUCUCUCCCUAUGAGCACGGUGAAGUGUUUGUGCUGGAUGAUGGUGGUGAAGUUGAUCUGGAUUUGGGAAACUACGAACGCUUUCUGGAUAUCCGGCUAACCAAAGACAACAACCUGACUACUGGGAAGAUUUAUCAGUCUGUUAUUACGAAAGAGAGGAGAGGGGAUUAUCUUGGCAAAACUGUGCAAGUGGUACCACACAUCACCGAUGCCAUUCAGGAAUGGGUUAUGCAGCAAGCCAAAGUGUCAGUGGACGAUGAUGGGGUUGAGCCACAAGUCUGUGUCAUAGAGUUAGGAGGCACCGUUGGAGACAUUGAAAGCAUGCCUUUCAUAGAAGCAUUCAGGCAGUUCCAGUUCAAAGUGAAACGUGAGAACUUCUGCAACAUUCAUGUCAGUCUUGUUCCACAGCCCAGUACUACAGGAGAGCAGAAGACUAAACCCACACAAAACAGUGUGCGAGAGCUCCGUGGUCUGGGCCUGUCACCUGAUCUGAUCGUUUGCCGAUGUUCUACACCCCUGGAAGCUGCAGUGAAAGAGAAGAUCUCUAUGUUUUGUCAUGUAGAGCCAGAGCAGGUCAUCUGCAUACAUGAUGUGUCCUCAGUCUAUAAAGUUCCACUACUCAUGGAGGAUCAGGGAAUGGUGGAUUUUUUUUGCAGAUGGCUGAACCUGCCCAUUGAGACAAAACCCCGCAGGAUGCUCACCAAAUGGAAAGAAAUGUCAGAUAGAACUAACCGCCUUUUGGAAAGCACAUCGAUCGCAUUAGUUGGAAAGUACACCAAAUUUUCAGACUCCUACGCAUCAGUGAUUAAAGCACUGGAACAUUCAGCCCUUGCAAUCAACUACAAGCUAGAGGUGAAAUACAUAGACUCUGCAUAUCUGGAGCAGAGCACAGAGCAGGAAGACCCGGUGAAGUAUCACGAGGCCUGGCAGAAGCUCUGCAGUGCUGAUGGUGUUUUGGUACCAGGAGGCUUUGGGGUACGAGGCACUGAGGGAAAGAUUCAUGCUAUUAACUGGGCAAGGAAACAGAAAAAGCCCUUUUUAGGUGUUUGUCUGGGCAUGCAGCUCGCUGUCUGUGAAUUUGCUCGCAAUGUACUUGGCUGGAAAGAUGCCAACUCUACUGAAUUCGAUCCUGACACAAAGUACCCUGUAGUGAUUGAAAUGCCAGAACAUAAUCCGGGACAAAUGGGUGGCACUAUGAGAUUGGGGAAAAGGCGAACCAUCUUCAAAGGCACCUCAAGUAUUCUCAGAAAAUUGUAUGGAGAUGUUGAAUAUGUUGAGGAACGACACAGACAUCGUUUUGAGGUGAAUCCAGAGCUAAAACACCAUUUGGAGGAAAAAGGCCUCCGUUUUGUGGGCCAGGACCAGGAGGGUGAACGAAUGGAAAUCAUUGAAAUGGCAGAUCAUGCUUACUUUGUGGGAGUGCAGUACCAUCCGGAGUUCACCUCUCGCCCCAUUAAGCCUUCCCCACCCUACUUUGGCCUGCUUUUAGCAGCUGCAGGAAAACUACAGAACUACCUGCUCAAAGGGUGCAGACUUUCACCACGAGACACAUACAGUGACCACAGUGGCAGUAGUUCUCCUGAUUUGGAGCUCUCUGAACUCAAAUUCCCAUCACUCGCAUAGAAGGGAUAUGCUCACACACAGUGGACAAGCACAAAGGGAAAUGAAAAGCUUUUUACUUUUAUCUUUACCUGAAGACAAAUCCUGUCAUCAUGUCAGCAUUAUUAUUUAUACUGAUUGUACUAUUGAUCAUUUUGUAUGAGAGUCGAAGAGACCUAUUACCGUUUAAUGGCGUUAAUGUUUUAUGCAAUCACUACAGCAGAACACAAAAUGAAUAAAUGAACUCAAAUACAAGAUUUAAAUGACCAUUUAUAGAGUGUUGGGGUCUAGAGAAAUAUUUAUAUGUGUAGAAAAGUAUUUUGCAUGUGGAAAGAUAACAUAAACUGUCAGGGAUUAAUAAUACAUGUUGCAUCUUUAAAUAAACAAUACAAAAUGUUUAUAUUGCCAUAAUAAACUAGAAAUGGUGCUAUAA